UAUAGCUUCUUCUUUGCUCUGUUAUCAUCUCUCACUGUGAUUGCUCUUGCUUACGAUCCUGAUACGCUUCAAGAUCUAUGCGUUGCAGAUCACACUUCAGGGAUCAAAGUGAAUGGUUUCACGUGUAAACCGGAAUCAAACAUCACCGCCUCAGAUUUUUUCUUCGCCGGGAUCGGAAAACCCGCCGUCGUUAACAGCACAGCCUGGUCCGCCGUCACGGGAGCAAACGUAGAGAAGAUCGCAGGGCUCAACACGCUCGGAGUCUCGCUCGCGCGUAUAGACUACGCGCCUGGAGGUUUAAACCCGCCGCACACGCAUCCACGCGCCACCGAAGUGAUCUUCGUAUUGGAAGGCGAGCUAGACGUCGGGUUCGUGACGACGGCGAACAAGCUAUUCGCUAAGACGGUGAAGAAAGGAGAAGUUUUCGUAUUCCCGAGAGGGUUGAUUCAUUACCAGAAGAACAACGACAAAGCCAAACCGGCGUCGGUGAUCUCGGCGUUCAACAGUCAGUUACCGGGAACACAAUCGAUCGCCGCCACGCUAUUCACGGCCACUCCUACGAUUCCGGAUCACGUUUUAACGACGGCGUUUCAGAUCGGGACUAAAGAAAUCGAAAAGAUCAAAACCAAGUUCGCUCCCAAAAAAGUCUAAA